AUGAUGAGAGCUGGUAGCCAUCUUCCAGUUUCGAUACCAGUGGGUAACGCUGCCAAGAAGGAAAGAGGAGGGGCUUCUCGCUCUGCAAUGUUUCCCUUGGCCGAGAUUUGGAUCCACACCAUUCCCCUUCUCGUCUUGCUUUGCUUCUUCAUUCUCUGGUGGUUGUCUCGUCCAGUAAAUGUGGAGAUAAAGGAUGGCAGAAUUGUGGCUAUACAUCAUGUGGAGAUGCCAUUGCCUCUUAGUGAUUCUCAGAUUGAUGUAUCCCUCCUGGCAUCUGCUGCAUCACCAGUUGCCUCGGUAUCACUAAAUCUCACAGUAAUCGACGAAUCCUCGGUAUUAGCUUCUGAUUGACGGAUCGGUUUUGAGGAAUUCUCGUUUCUGUUGAUGUACCCGGUUUUCGAUUUAUUGGUUCGACAUUUUAAGGCCUUGUACUGAAAUAUAACUGUUCUUAUC